CACUGCCAUGUUCACUGUCGAAACACAUACCUGUUGCUAUGGUUACGCCUGGCUGAGUUUCCAGCCUCUGAAUCAGAGGCUGGAAAACAUGGUGGUCUCCUUUUAUUUUGAAAACAUGGUGGUCUCCUUUUAUUUUGAAAACUCGUGUUCAGGUGAUUCAGGUGAGUUCAGGUGAGUUCAGGUAGUGGCCUUGACAGUCGGGGAUCAGACCUGGGGUCAGCAGCCAUGCAGAGCUGGAGAAGCUACAGACCUGGUGUGGAGACCUCUGUCUCUCAGGGUCCUGUUACAUGUCUUUGUUCCUGAUGGAUUUUAAGACUUUGAGGACUUUUCAACCAUGGAGUAGGUUGCUGUUUGGACGCCCCCUGCUGGGCAGCGUCAGUAGUUUCUAAGGCGUCUGUUGACCUUGGGUCUGUGUGAGUUGCUUGACCUGACAAUGAACGAUGCUGCUGCAGGUCUGAGAUCUGUGAGGAUCCUCGACCAGCUGCUGGAGCUCAGGAGACGCUGUCUGACAGGACAUGAGCGCCUCCCUCCCCUCUCUGUCUCUCUCUCUCUCUUGCUCGCUCCCUCGUUCACUCUCUGUCUCUCUCUCUCUUUCUCCUCUCUCUCUGUCUUGCUCGCUCUCUCGUUCUCACUCUGUCUCUCUCUCUCUCUCUCUGUCUCUCUCUUGCCUGCUCUCUCUCUCUCACUCUGUCUCUCUUUCUUUCUCUCUCUCUCUCUCUUGCCUGCUCUCUCUCUCUCACUCUGUCUCUCUUUCUUUCUCUCUCUCUCUCUCUUGCCUGCUCUCUCUCUCUCACUCUGUCUCUCUUUCUUUCUCUCUCUCUCUCCUCUCUCUCUGUCUUGCUCGCUCCCUCGUUCACUCUCUUUGUCUCUGUCUCUCUCUCUGUCUCUCUCUCUCUUUCUCCUCUCUCUCUGUCUUGCUCUCUCUCUCGUUCUCACUCUGUCUAUCUUUCUCUCUCUUUCUCUCUUUCUUUCUCUCUCUCUCUCUCUCUGUCUCUCUCUGUCUCUCUCUUGCCUGCUCUCUCGUUCUCACUCUGUCUCUCUUUCUCUCUCUUUCUCUCUCUCUCUCUCUCUCUAUUGCCUGCUCUCUCGUUCUCACUCUGUCUCUCUUUCUUUCUCUCUCUCUCUCACUCUGUCUCUCUUUCUUUCUCUCUCUCUCUCUCUGUCUCUCUCUUGCCUGCUCUCUCGUCGUCACUCUCUCUCUCUCUUUGUCUCUGUCUCUCUCUCUGUCUCUCUCUCUCUUUCUCCUCUCUCUCUGUCUUGCUCUCUCUCUCGUUCUCACUCUGUCUAUCUUUCUCUCUCUUUCUCUCUUUCUUUCUCUCUCUCUCUCUCUCUGUCUCUCUCUGUCUCUCUCUUGCCUGCUCUCUCGUUCUCACUCUGUCUCUCUUUCUCUCUCUUUCUCUCUUUCUUUCUCUCUCUCUCUCUGUCUCUCUCUCUGUCUCUCUAUUGCCUGCUCUCUCGUUCUCACUCUGUCUCUCUUUCUCUCUCUUUCUCUCUCUCUCUCUGUCUCUCUCUUGCCUGCUCUCUCGUUCUCACUCUCUCUCUCUCUCAGUUGUAUCCUGGUCGUGAUUCGGUGGUGAAGCUGAUGGAGACUCUCUCUGAUUGGCUGCUCAGUUUACCGCUGCAGCGAAUCCCCUACCAGGCCGUCCUUGAUUUGGUGGACAACAAGAUGAGGAUCUCAGGUGUAUUCUUGGGGGCGGAGCUUCGGUGGGUUGGUUGUCAGGGCAGCAGGGCGGGGCUACGAGGUUACCCAUGUUCCCUGUGGACUCUGUUUCACGUCCUGACCGUCCAACACGAGGCCACGCCCACCGCUCUGGAGAACACAGGUAACGCAGGUCUGGAGAGCGAGGCGGCCCCGGUGCUGCAGGUGAUGCGUCGGUACAUCAGGACGUUCUUCGGCUGUGAGCAGUGCGGCCGACACUUUGAGCAGGCGGCGUCCGUGGGUCUGGAGGCGGUGACGAGCGCCGGGCAGCAGGUGCUGUGGCUGUGGAACCAACACAACAUGGUCAACGAGCGACUGGCAGGCUCUCUGAGUGACGACCCCCUCUUCCCUAAAGCUGCUUGGCCGAGCCCAGUCCUCUGUGCUUCCUGUCACGAGGAGAAAGACGGCGUCCAUGUCUGGAACCAGGACAACGUCCUCCGCUUCCUGCGACGUCACUACGGCGUCUCCAACCUGUCCCCCAAAUACACCCUCCACCUCCCACAGGGCCCCGCUCCUCCCGCAGACCCCGAUCCCGAUCUGGUUCGGACCGCUCAGCCACAGGAUGGGCGCCGAGACGGAGACAGGAAAGAGGAGGAGGCUGGACCUGCACACUGGGCCCAGAGGGGGGAGGCGGGUGAGGACAGGAGCGAGGAGCCAGGCCACAGGAAGGGGGGAGGCGGGAGAGGAGGGGGGAUGUGGAUCCUGGGUCUGGGCUUCAACAGUGUCGACAUGAGUCUGUGUGUCGUCCUCUACGUUUCCUCCUGCCUCUUCCUCAUGCUGCUCUUCUUCUUCUUCAAAGUUCGCUCCAGGAGGUGGAAGCUACGAUACUCCCGCCUCCACGUCUGACCUGAACCAGAUCCUUCCAGACCGGACCGGGUUUGGUUUAGACAGAACCACACAGGUUUAAUACAGGUUCAGUUCAAGGCUGGAAGUUCAGAGUGUUUCUGAAAACGAGCGUCUGCUCUGAACAUGAAGUCGACAUUAAAGGUUCAGACUGAACCGGACCUGGAUCCAGGACCUGGACCCUGGACCCUCUGGCUGUUUGAUGUAAGAGGAUCAGAUGUGAAACUGGGUCUGGACUUGUUGCCCUUAAGGACUCAAUUUUAAAUCCGGUCUUAACUGUAAAGAUCUUGAUUCAGACCGGAUCUGAGACCUGGUGUAUUUUACCUGGACCCAGAACUUUAUGGAACAAGGACUCAAUGGGAGAACGGACUGGUUCUAAGUUCACUUAAUGCCAAACUCGCCUGUUCUGAGGCUCCGCCCCCUGGUGUAUGUGUCAAUGUCAAACAUCGAGCUGUCUUGACGAUGACUGGACCGUUGUUUAUUUUUUGCUGCUGCAGGUUUUUGUUUUGGUGGAUUUGGCACCACCUUGUGGUCGGUGAUUUUAAAAUGUAAAUAUUAAAAGUUUGGAUUUUUAAUGUUAUAAGUUUUGAAAUGAGGGAGAUUGAAAUGAUGAACCUGAACAAAUAUGACUCAUGUAGAAACAUCACUGACAUUCCCUGUUUUCAAACUGACUUCAGUUAUUAACUAUUUUUUAAUAAACAAGAUGAAUAAAAGUUAUUUGUUUGUGUCUAGAGGAAAACGUUGAAGACGAAUAAAACAAAAGUGAACGAGAGGAAAUAACCUUUUAAUGAUCAAACUUUAAAUUGUCUGUUUCUUUAACUGCUGUUACCAUGCUAACCGUUAAUUAAAUGUAUUUUUUCAGUUUU